UUCCCAGCUUGGCCUCCCUCAUCUCGGUCCUGCCCCUCAGACCCCGCCCCCAACCUCGGGCCCCGCCCUCGUCACCCAGGGGGCUGGAGACGCGUCCCAGGCUUGCGCAGCGGCCCUGGCGAGGGGCGCAGGCUUGAGGCACCAACCCUCCUACCUCACAUCCUGGCUUACCCUGCUGGGGGAAGGUGGGAUCCACUGACCAGACCCUGACAGCCUUUCUGAACUCCGGAGGCUUCAGUCCCCACCACGACUCGACUUUGCACUCAUGUGGCCCUACUUCCUGCUAAUCUACCAUCUACAGCCUUCUGGAGCUCCUGGGCCCCCAGAAUCCCUGCUUAACUCCUCUCAGGGGCAGCAGGUGGAGGAGGGGCUGAGGACAGCUCCUACCAGGCAGCUCCCUGGCUGGCUGGACUGGCAGUACCAGCCACCAGCCACUGCUCAUCCCUCCCCUUGCCAGCCUCUCUUGGAGGGCAGCUCCAGACCUUAUCGGCUGGGCCGGGGAGGAAGACAGUUAUCAGGUCCUUGGCAGCUACACUUCCCUGGUCUCUGAGGGCGGCACUGGCUGCCUCCCCUGAUAAAUGUCCCUUGAGGGAGGAGAGCCCCCACCCCUCAGAAGAGGCCCCAGCUGGAAAAGCAGUGUCUUACAUUCCUGAGGGCCAGGGCUGGGCCACUGCCCUGCCCCCUGGGUUGGAAUUCCUGCUUUGCUUAGUCCUUUUGACUCGACCCUGAGCUAAUUUCUAAUUAUCUUGCCCACCUCAGGCCUGCAGCAUGCAGUCCCAGGAGAGUGGCGUCCAGUACAGCAGGUGGGACAGCAGCAGCCGGGAUGAGGUCAGCGUGACUGCCGGGUCCAGCACUGAGGAGGCCUCAUGCUAUAGGAGGAUCUCCCAGAAGCUGUGCUCGGGCAAGCUGGGGAUCGCCAUGAAGGUGCUGGGUGGAGUGGCCCUCUUCUGGAUCAUCUUCAUCUUGGGCUACAUCACUGGCUACUAUGUGCACAAGUGCAAAUAAAAGCUGCCACACUCCCA